AUGCAGGUACCAUAUGUAGAAAUUCAAAACAUUGAUUUUGCAUCUGCAAAAAGGAAGAAGAGGGAGUUGGACAAUAAUUUAACUUCACCGUCAGCACUACGGCGUUUAACUUCGCAGCCACAAGAACAGGCUGUCACCCCUACUGAGGAGGAGAAACUUGGUUUUUUUAAAGCUAUAAGUGAGACUGGUAGCAGAUCAUCAGUGUUGUCGAUAAUACCAACAUUUUGUGAUGAUUUUGUACCAAAACAACAAUUGCCGAUGGAUUUGACAACUCUCUUUGAUGUUGAAGCCCUGGAACUCCAAUUUCAUGAACUUUUGACCAGGUGUGCUGAAAUGGAAGAAGACAUCAUAGUGACAGAUGAGAUGGCACAUAACGUUGAAAAAAUGACAAGAGAUCAGUCUUCUUCAAAAGAAUGGUUUACAUACAGAUCGGGUCGCAUAACAGCGUCAAGAAUGAAAUCUGCCUGUCAUACUGAUCCUGCCAAACCUUCUUUAAGUCUCAUCAAUUCGAUCUGUUACCCCAACAAGUUUAGAUUUACAAAUGAAGCUACCAA